UUACUCUUCAUCAAAUUUUGCUAAUUAUCUUUUCUUUGUAAAUGUUUAUUUUAAAGAACACCAGAAAAGUUAAUAUCAUCGUUCCCAACGUUGAAAUUGCGUUCCCUAACGCAGAAGAUCUCGAAUCCACGCUGGGUGGUACCAGUGUUGCCUGAACAGGAGUUGGAAGUGUUGCUAAAUGCAGCUAUUGCACUAACUGCAGCAGGUGUCGAUCAUGAUUGUGAACCAUGCGUAGAAUUUUAUCGCAACGCUCUAACCACGUCGUUUUCGAAGAUCCUCACCGACGAGGCAGUGAAUUCGUGGAAAUAUAAUAUCCAUCAUUGCAUUUUAUUGUCUUGCGGCAAAUUAUUGCAUUUAAUUGCCAUACAUAUGUCGCGCGAUAAUCCUUAUCUGUUGGAUUUGCUGGCCAUGGUAUUUGAUCCGGAAAAUAAGUUCAACACAUUUAAUGCUGCCCGCCAACCGGCUUGUUUUGCACCUCCGGAAUCGCUCUGGGGUGUCUUGGACGGCAACAAGAUGUUUGCUAAACCCCCGCCAGAGCCUAAAAAUCCUCGAGGCUGGCUAGUUGAUUUGAUCAAUCGUUUCGGUCAGUUGAGUGGUUUUGACAAUCUAUUGGAGCGGUUUAAUUGCGGUUUGCAAUUGCUAAAAAAGAACCAAGAGAAUAGCGGCGUCGAGUCGUCGGGUUCUGGCUUAGAUUUGAGAAGCAAGACAAGCAAGUCAUCUCAAGUGUCCGACGAUAAUCAGGAUAACAAAUUAACAUUAGCGCUGAUCUUCAGUUUACUGCGACCAUUCGGCCAAUGUUAUGAGCUGUUGACACCUGCUACCAUCGCUAAGUACUUCAUGCCGAUUUGGAAUGUUGUAUUGGAUUUGUUGGAUAGUUUCUCCGAUGAUGAAUUGAAGCGUGAAGCGAAACCGGAGGGCCGCAACGACUACAUUAACGGCAUUGUAAAGUCGGCACGUUUAUUGGCGAGUCGUUUGCCCGGGCAAGAGGAUUUGAUUCGCGAUCUGGAAAUGUUUCGACUAAAAAUGAUAUUGCGUUUGCUGCAAGUUUCAAGCUUCAACGGAAAAAUGAACGCACUGAAUGAAAUCAAUAAGGUGCUUAGCUCUGUGUCGUAUUAUUCGCAUCGUACGCAGCAAUUGCAACAUUGCUUGCCGGAUGAUGAAAUGGACUGGUUGACGGCAGAACGAAUGGCGAAUUGGAUCAAAGACUCUGAUGUGUUGGGAAUCGUUCUCAAAGACUCAUUGCAUCAGCCCCAAUAUGUGGAAAAGCUUGAAAAGAUCAUACGCUUUUUGAUCAAAGAACAUGCCUUGACUCUGGAGGAUUUGGAUGCCGUAUGGCGUGCACAGGCUGGCAAGCAUGAGGCGAUUGUGAAGAAUGUCCAUGAUCUUUUGGCAAAAUUGGCUUGGGAUUUUACCCCCGAACAGCUGGAUCACCUCUUCGAAUCGUUUCAGGCCAGCAUGACAACCGCCAAUAAGCGGCAGCGCGAACGCCUGCUAGAACUGAUACGACGGCUCGCUGAGGACGAUAAAAACGGUGUAAUGGCACAAAAAGUUUUGAAACUUUUCUGGACGCUCGCACACAGCCAAGAAAUACCGCCAGAAGUAUUAGAUCAAGCCUUAGCGGCCCAUGUAAAGAUCUUGGACUACAGUUGCUCGCAGGAACGUGAUGCACAAAAGAUUGUGUGGUUGGAUAAAUGCGUACAGGAGUUGAAAACUGGCGACAAUUGGGUGCUGCCAGCCUUGCGGUUGAUACGUGAAAUCUGUUGUCUUUAUGAUUCGUCGCCCAGUCAUGCGCCGCGCACGCAACAAACACUUAAUCGUCAACAAGUGAUUGAAAGAUUGCAAAAUGACUACACUUUGGUUAUACUUGUAACGAAUAGCUUAACCACCUACAUGGAUAAAAUUCGUACGAUGAUUGCUGAGAUGCCGAACGUCGAACCGAAUGCAUUAUGCAUCGAUGGACGUUAUCCACACAAUAUGCAAAUACAAGAGCGAUUGGAUUUUCUCAAAUUCCUGCUGAAGGAUGGCCAAUUGUGGUUGUGUGCCGAACAA